UGAUCGGUCAAUCAGUUCGGUUCGUUCUGUUGCAUGUAGUGGCAAGGAUUUUGUGUAUCCGUAUUUAAGUGAGCAGAAAAAGCUAUAAAAAUGGGAGAUCCUGUGAAAAGUGACGCCAAAACGAACGGCUUUCAUAAAGCCACCAAUGGCCAUCAUCAACAGCAGCAAGAGGAGCUCAAAAUUGCCAUCAUCGGGCAGAGCAACUUUGCCGCCGAAGUUCUCGAACUGCUGCUCGAGCGUGAUCAUCUCAUCGUCGGUGUGUUCACGAUCGCUGACAAAGCCGCCCGCGAAGACGUACUGGCUACCGUAGCCCGCCAGCAUGGCAUUCCAGUGUUUAAAUUCUCCGCCUGGCGUCGCAAAGGUGUCCCUAUACCGGAAGUGCUCGAGCGGUACCGAUCGGUCGGUGCGAACCUGAACGUGCUCCCGUUCUGCAGCCAGUUCAUCCCGAUGGAGGUGAUCGAUGGGGCCGCUUACGGUAGCAUCUGCUAUCAUCCCUCCAUACUGCCACUUCACCGAGGCGCCAGUGCCAUCUCCUGGACACUGAUCGAGGGGGACGAGCGGGCCGGUUUCUCCAUCUUCUGGGCGGACGAUGGGCUCGAUACUGGACCGAUUCUGCUGCAGAAACAGUGCCCCGUUUAUGGGGACGACACGCUCGACACACUGUACAAGCGGUUCCUCUACCCGGAGGGUGUAACGGCUAUGGCGGAAGCGGUGGAUAUGAUCGCUGCGGGUACUGCGCCCAAGAUCCCGCAAACUGAAAUUGGUGCGAGCUACGAUCCGGCCCUGUUUCGGGAGGAGAAUCAGUACCUAAACUUGAACCAACCGGCGGUGAGGAUUUUCAACUUUAUCCGUGGGUUGGAUUCGGUUCCCGGAGCGCUGGCUGUAGUGCAGAUGGAAGAUGGCGAGCAAGUACCGGUCCGACUGUACGGUGCAUCACUCAGUGCCCGGCGCAGCAUGGUCAAUGGGAAGCCAAUCCAAUUUAAAGGGUCCACCGGGUCUGCUUUUGUAACGCGCGAAGGCAUUUUCAUCACCGGAACCGAUGGAUCGUUGGUACGCGUGCGGCGGAUCAAGCGUGGCAAUCGUGAUUCCACCGGGGAGUGGUUUGAGCAGAUGGGGACGACAAAAGCGACCCCGCUGGUGCUGACGGAGAAGGAGCAGGAGCAGGAUACGCUGCUGCGCAGCAUAUGGAAAUCGAUCCUGAAGGUGGAGAUUGGGCCCGAGACGGACUUUUUCGCGUGCGGUGCCGGCUCGAUGGAUGUGGUGCGGUUGGUGGAGGAGGUGAAGGACACGCUCGAGGUACCGAUCGACAACGAGACGCUCUUCAUGGCGCCAGUGUAUGGGGAGUUUAUGCAGGAAGUUAUUCAACGGUUGCGCUCCGGAAGCAAUGGCGAUCGUGGAACGAACAUUCCGCUGGAUUUCAAACACGUGGUGUUGAAGGCAAACCGACGACAGAUAGCCGUCCCAACGCAGCUCUUCAUCAAUGGGCGGUUUGUGGAUGCGGAAGGUGCAAAAACGAUACCGAUCGUUAAUCCCACCAACGAACAAGUGAUCUGUGACGUAGCGAAUGCAUCCAAAGCGGACGUUGACGAUGCAGUUCAAGCCGCCGAUGAAGCGUUCCGUGGCGUAUGGACGUCCGUUUCGGCACGUGAGCGCGGUCAGCUGAUGUACCGAUUGGCAGAGCUGAUGGAGCAGCACCGGGAGGAACUGGCAACGAUUGAGUCGAUCGAUUCGGGCGCAGUUUACACGCUUGCACUGAAAACUCACGUCGGUAUGUCGAUCGAUGCGUGGCGCUACUAUGCUGGUUGGGCGGACAAGAUCGAAGGUAGCACCAUCCCGGUCAGCCCAGCCCGCCCGAAUCGUGUGCUAACGUUCACGAAGAAGGAACCGAUCGGUGUGUGCGCCUUAAUUACACCCUGGAACUACCCACUGAUGAUGCUCUCGUGGAAGAUGGCCGCUUGCAUUGCCGCAGGCAACACGGUUGUGAUUAAACCGGCUCAAGUAUGUCCCUUGACGGCACUAAAGUUUGCCGAGCUUACUGUAAGGGCCGGCUUUCCACCGGGAGUGAUCAAUGUCGUCACGGGUACGGGCUCGUUGGCCGGCCAGGCUCUUGCAGACCAUCCAGUCGUGCGCAAACUGGGCUUCACCGGGUCCACUCCUAUUGGAAAACGCAUCAUGGCAUCGUGCGCCGAAUCCAACAUCAAAAAGUGCUCGAUGGAGCUGGGCGGCAAGUCGCCGCUCGUCAUCUUCGCCGACUGCGAUCUCGAGAAGGCGGUCCGGCUCGGCAUGUCGUCGGUGUUUUUCAACAAGGGUGAAAACUGUAUUGCCGCUGGCCGGCUGUUUGUGGAGGACCGCAUCCACGAUGAGUUUGUGCGGAAAGUGAUCCGCGGCAUAAAGACGAUGAAAAUUGGCGACCCACUCGACCGGGCGACGGCACAUGGACCGCAAAACCAUCGGGCACAUCUGGAGAAACUGCAGGAGUACUGUGCGAUCGGCGUGAAGGAGGGAGCGAAGCUGCUGUACGGUGGCAAGCGGGUGGCCAAAAUGGAGGGACUGUUCUUCGAGCCGACCGUGUUUACCGACGUGGAGGAUCACAUGUACAUUGCGCGCGAAGAAUCGUUCGGUCCGAUCAUGGUGAUAUCGAAGUUUCACGCUAGUGAUUUCGAUGCACUGGUGGCAAGGGCUAACAGUACCGAGUACGGGCUGGCGAGUGGUGUUUUCACACAGGACAUUGCGAAAGCACUUCGGUUUGCGGAGCGGGUCGAAGCGGGCACGGUGUUUGUGAACACGUACAACAAGACGGACGUGGCGGCUCCGUUCGGUGGCUUCAAGCAGAGCGGCUUCGGAAAGGAUUUAGGCAAGGAAGCGUUGAACGAGUACCUCAAGACUAAGUGCGUGACUGUCGAGUACUAACGGCUCGAUGAAUGUAGCAUAAAUUA